GCAAAAGUGAAAAAAGCAUACAAAAAUAAAAAAAGUUCAAUUAAAAAUUGCACCUCUCCGUUGCACAAUUGCAUCAACAAUACCAGGCUGACACUGAAUAUAUUAAGUGCCACAGCUAAAUCAAAAUCCCGAAUUGAAUCAAACGCAGCAGUUAUAAAUAUCAGAGCAGCCAUUCAAAAUGGCCACCAGCGAGAUUUCUAGCUCCAACGAGCGGCACUAUUACGCCAAGCUGGAGGCAAUUAAGGAUAUACGGGACAAGACUCUGGCGUUGGAGAAGCUUAAGGUGCGGAUUAUCAAGGAGGUGAAGCUGAGCGAUGACGAGGAGAAGUGCUUGGACGAAUAUCGAAAAGAAAUGGAGCAUUUGCUGGAAGAGAAGAUGUCGCAUGUAGAGGAGCUGCGCCAGAUACACGCUGACAUCAAUGACAUGGAGAAUAUAAUUAAGCAGACUAAAGAGAAUCAGACGCGUUCUUUUGAUAUGGCUAACCGCGUGUAUGAGGAAUACCUCGCCCUCAAGUAUCAAAUCGACCACAUGCGGCGCGACUACCUUGGUCUCAGUCCGCUGCGUGAUCUGCACGAGGAGGAGGGCAGCCCCAUAUCAAAAGAUCGUUUUCAGACUAAUUUCCUUAAAGUUGCCGCCCAGUCAGCGGCCGCUGCAGCAGCUGCGGCGGCAGCGGCGGCCGUCACACAACCCACAUCUCUGGCGCGACCACACGCACGGCAUCCGCUGAUGCCCGAGGCCACGGUGACGGCAUUGCCGCCGAAUGCAUCGGGCGCCGGUGGCGGCGGCGGCUCGAAUGUGCCCAGUGGAGGUGCUGGCGGGCCAGGGCAUGCAUUUAUGCCACCAGCACCACCAGGCGCACCGGGCAGCGCUGGCGCUGCCGCAGCCGCAGCCGUAGCCGCAGCGCGUCUCGGAAAGAAUGAUUUCUCGGCACCGCCGCCGCCGCCGCCAACCACAAAUCGCUUGCAGCAGUCACCGUCAAUUGGAAUUGGGCACCAUCCAUCUUUUCGCUCCGACUUCAAUGUGAACCUGAGGCAACAACCGCCCCCAAUGAAGUCAUGCUUGUCCUGCCAUCAGCAGAUUCAUCGCAAUGCGCCCAUUUGUCCGCUCUGCAAGGCCAAGUCGCGUUCACGUAACCCCAAGAAGCCCAAAAAGAAAAAUAACUAAUUGCCAAUACUCAGUAAUUUGUUUUGUAUAUGUUCAAUCAAA